UUAGUGUGACUUGCUUUUUGCUUUCAUUCCAAUUUCUUUGACAGUAUUACCCAUCUUUUUCCAUCAUUUUCCUUCCAUCAUGAAAACUGUCACUUGCACUGCUCCUGUUAACAUCGCUGUUAUUAAAUACUGGGGAAAGCGUGACACCGGUCUCAUCUUGCCCACCAACGACUCGCUCUCCGUCACUCUUUCUCAAGACAUCUUGCACUCCAAGACCACCAUCUCGGCUGCGAAGGAGUAUAGCCAUGAUCGACUUUGGUUGAAUGGAAAGGAAGAAGACAUCACCAAGAACAAGCGUAUGCACAACUGCUUCCGCGAGACUCGCGCCCUUCGUCAACAAAUGGAGCAGGAUGCCGCUCAACGUGGUGAAACUUUGGAACCAUUGUCAUCCUACAACGUGCAUGUGUGCUCCGAGAACAAUUUCCCUACAGCUGCUGGUUUGGCCUCUUCUGCAUCUGGUUUGGCUGCAUUGGUCUUCACCUUGGCUAAGCUUUUUGAUCUGCCCAGCAACAUGUCUGAACUUUCUCGUAUUGCUCGUCAAGGUUCUGGUUCAGCUUGCCGUUCUUUGUUCGGUGGAUUUGUUGCAUGGGAAAUGGGUUCCAAGGACGACGGUAGUGAUUCCCUUGCUGUUCAAGUGGCUCCCGAAACGCACUGGCCUGAAUUGGAAGCUUUGAUCUGCGUUGUUUCAGAUGAAAAGAAAGGUACAUCUUCUACGGAAGGUAUGCAACAUACUGUCAACACGUCUCCUCUCCUCCAACACCGUAUCAAGGAAGUUGUCCCUGCCCGUAUGGCUGAAAUGAAGAAGGCUAUCCACAAUCGUGAUUUCCAGACCUUUGCUGAACUCACCAUGCAGGACUCUAACCAGUUCCAUGCCGUCUGUCUCGAUACAUACCCUCCCAUCUUCUACUUGAACGAUACAUCGCGUGCUAUUAUGAAGAUCAUCCAUGAAUACAAUGCUACGUCACCCGAUGGCAAGCUCAAGGCCGCUUACACUUACGAUGCUGGCCCGAACGCCGUUAUUUAUGCUCCCAAGGAAAACAUGCGCGAAAUCAUUCAGCUUAUUGCCCACUAUUUCCCUGGUUCAUCUGACAAUUACUUUGUCGACCCUUACAAAUUGUUUACAUCCACACAAGACCUCGUCUCCGACUUCAAGCCCGCUGGCCAUGCUGCUUUCAACGAGAACUCCAUUCCUGUCUUCCCUGAAGGUAGCGUUAGCAGAUUGCUUCAUACCAAGACUGAUGAUGGACCACGUGUUCUUGGCCAAGAAGAGAGUUUGUUGAACGAGCAAGGAUUACCCAAGCGUGUCGCCGGCGUGUCUGUUUAAGCGCAGCAAAAUAGAACCAAUACAACAUAAAGAAGAAAAAAUUACAUACAUCCUUUUUUCCCCCCAAAGUAAUAGUUUUUUUUAAAAAGAAGAUACGAUUAAAGAUCAAAUUGUAAUAGUGGAAGCCAAUUCAUCCCUUGCUGUAUAAUCUCCGGU